AUGGCUUUCAACGACGCGCAGCUAUGGUCACGUAGCAUGGGGAUACGGUUCGCCCCGUCAUUGCCACCUGGACCACCUACCAAGCCGCCACUCUACCCUCCUCCUCAUCCUGUCUCCGACGCAGCGUCACAGAAUGGCGCCACUCCUCUGCAGCCCGGAGCCGGAAGACAGCAGAAGCAGCAGCAGCAGCAGCCGACGCCUCCGCCGACAUCCCUUCCCUACAAGAUAUCGCCCGAGAGCUUCGCCCGAGCGCGCGCCAGCCCCCGCGGUACACCCGGCUCAUACUGGUCGCACACCAUGUACCGCGGCGGCGACGCGGUGGACGGGAGCGUGCGCAGCGUGACGGUGCACUACUGCAAGAGCAGGCAGAGCAUGGAGACGGUGUGUGAAAAGUACUUUGCCGGGGAGCCCAUCCUGGGCUUCGACCUGGAGUGGAGUCCCCGGGCCACCAAGGCCAUGGGGCCACGGCAGAACGUGUCGCUCAUCCAGCUGGCCAGCGCAGGCCGCAUCGGCCUGUUCCACUGCGCCGUCUUCGUCGGCGAGGGGGACUUCGUCGGCCCGACCUUCAGGAAGAUCAUGGGAGACCCCGCGGUGACGAAGGUUGGCGUCGCCAUAAAGGCCGACUGCACCAGGAUGAAUAACUAUCUCGGCGUCGAGUCCAGGGGCAUCAUGGAGCUCAGCCACAUGUACAAGAUGGUCAAGUAUCAGCGCCAGAGACGCCCGGACCUUAUCAACAAGUCGCUCGUCACGCUGGCCACGCAGGUAGAGGAGUGCCUGGGUCUGCCGCUGUACAAGGGCGACUCGGUGCGGUCGAGCGAUUGGACGCGGUACCUCAAUGCGCGUCAGAUAUCAUAUUCUGCUGCCGACGCUUACGCUGGUAUCCAGCUCUAUCACGCUCUGGAUGAGCAACGACGAAGCCUCGACCCGUGUCCUCCCCUACCAUUCUACGCCGAACUCAACCUCCCGCUUCCGGUCCCAGACCUAGGCAUCACGAAUAUCCCUGCAGAUGAAACCUCUGCCUCUUCUUCUCCUUCUCAGAAAACACGGCCAGCACGGUCACCAGCUGCGCCUAUUGACGGUAUCAAGUUCCGUGACGACCGGGCCACGGCAGCCCACCAUCGGAUGCAGCAAUACCGCUCCUCGAAGCGAGGUCCCGUGUCGACGGGCCCGUCCGCUCUGAGGGCGUACUACAUGUGGCAUGACAACGCGGAGCUGGACCCGCAGGCGAUUGCCAGGAUCCUGCGCGAUCCGCCCCUCCAGACUCACACGGUCGUGUCGUACAUACUCAGCGCCGUCAUCGACGAGGGCCUGUCCUAUGACAAGGACAGGGUCAAACGGGAACUAUUGUCUACGCUCAAGCCCGACGUGUUCAAGGUUAGCAGGUACCAGGCUCUCAAAGAGUCGUGCGAAUCAUGA